AUGCAGGAAAGCACAUGGAAACAGUACCUUACCUGUUACCACCUUGAGGAAGGUGGAGCCAGCAAGAAACAGCGACCAGGGAAAAAAAUUCAUGUAUGUCGAUCCUGCGACAAAUGGUUUGAUCAUUUUGGGCAUUUUAAAGAACACCUUCGCAAACAUGCAGGUGAAAAACCUUUCGAAUGUCCAAAUGGCCAUGAACGUUUUGCUAGGAAUAGCACACUCAGAUGUCGUCUGACUGCAUGCCAAUCUGGUGUGGGGGCGGAAAAAGGAAGAAAGAAGCUUUAUGAAUGUCAGGUUUGUAACAGUGUGUUUAACAGCUGGGACCAGUUCAAAGAUCACUUGGUAAUACACACGGGAGAUAAACCCAACCAUUGUACCCUGUGUGACUUGUGGUUUAUGCAAGGAAAUGCACUAAGGAGGCAUCUCAAGGAAAUACACAACAUCUCAGAACGAAUAGUGACAGAAGAGCUUCUUUCUGUAGAGACAGUGGAAACGGAACCUGUGACAUCAAUGACUAUUAUAGAACAAGUGGGGAAGGUACACGUGUCGCCACUCCUUCAGGUCCAGGGGGAUUCAGCCCGAGUAACUGUGGAACAGGUCCAUGCAGGUCUGUUAGAGGACAAUCAGGUGCAAGGCACACAGGUGGAGGAGCUACCAGAACAGGUCCAAGUUAGUUACUUAGAAGUAGGUCGAAUUCAUGCGGAAGAAGGGACUGAAGUACAUGUGGAAUUGCUACAUGUUGAACGCGUAAAUCAAAUGCAAAUGGAAGUACAGGAUGAUCUUCUAGAAGAAGCUGACCUAGCACAAGGGGACCCUGAAAUCAUGGACCAGGGAGAAUUAGAAGAGAGUAAACAGAGCCAAGCAGGUGCUGCUGAGGCCAAUAAGGAAGAUCACGAACAAGGUGAAGAUUUAAAGACUGAACCAAUGGUAGAUGGACAAACGUUAAAAACACAAACCUAGGACAGAACAGCUGUGCCAGUUUUAGAACGAAAUA